GAUUCAGUGUUAUGGAUAUUUUUGCACUGUGUUUUUUGUCUGCCACACCAGAGGGUGGCAUAGUUUGUGUCCUGUGUUAUUGCUGCUAUGUGAGUUCCAGGUGGAGGCUGACCAGUGGCAGAGAAAAAAAGCUGCAUCUCCCACCAGUGUUCUUAGGGUGGUUCUCAUUGGAGAGGCAGGCGUGGAUACAGGAGCACUUAGGAAAGAGUUUUUGAGUGACAUGAUUUCAGGUAUUGAAAGCAGAUUCUUUGAAGGGCCUGAGAACAAGGGCAAAAACCCCAAGUAUUCUCUGACCGAUCUUGAUAAUGAAAACUUCAGAACUGUUGGUGAAAUAAUUGCAGUCAGCCUCGCCCAAGGAGGCCCAUCUCCUGCCUUUUUCAAAGAAUGGUGCUACAAUGUCCUCUGCUCAGGAGAGGUUGAUUUCAGCUGUCUGUCUAAGGAGGAUGUUGCAGAUGUGGAAUCUUCCCUGCUCAUCAGCAAAGUUGAAGAUGCAGCAGACAUACAGUCUCUGAUGUUGUGGGCUGAUGAAAUUGUCAGCUGUGGAUACACAAACCAGAUAGAGAUGGAUAGUAAGGAAAGCAUGAUCCGUGCUAUUGUCUUACACUCCACAACAAGACUGAUUCCAAUGCUACAGGAGCUCAGAAAGGGCAUGGAACUGUAUGGUCUUGUGAACCUGAUGGCUGUAAAUCCUGAAGCUUGCCACAGUUUGUUUGUUACUGGGAAAAUCCUCAAACCAGACGCUGAUUUCAUUAUGAUGAGCUGCCAACCACAUUUCAGUGAAAAGAGGUGGAUGACCGGACAGUCCCAUGUUCCCAUCCUUCCUGAUGAAAAGAGACAUUUCAAAAUAACAUGCAAGUUUGACCACGAAUUGCAGCAUCUGGACACUUACACAGAGUUUAAAACCAUAAUGAGUGCAGCAGUUAGAUAUGGUGGUGGAAUCCACAGAGUUUAA